GUUUUUCCGAAACUUCUGAAAUUAUAUAUCUCUGUUUUUUAAAACUAUUCCUGCAGAGCUGCUGGAUAGGUGUGGAUAGAGACAAUUUUUAUGAUGUUAAUAGUUAAGAAACUUAUUGUGUGAACGCCAGGGAAACUCGGAGAAUAAGUAAGAUGAUGUGUGAAUUCCUAAUUAACGAAGUUGACUUCUGCUCCAUGUGGCUAUUUAAGAGCGCUUAAUGUUACGACAUUCAUUGAAACGGAUCAGAAAUGCUGUGGAAAUGACGAAAUGUCAUUGCCGAAAAAUUAUGAGUGGAGAAAAUGCCACGACAUCAAAUGGCGAAGUUUGGGAUGACCCGUGGCAAGCUGCUAUGCGUAAAACAGAGCAUACGCGAAGUAGAGCAGUUGAGAUUGCAGUUGAUUGGAAGUAUGUACAAAGGCUCAUGCCAAAGAAAUUGAUUCCUGAUGUACCGAAACAUGAUACUUAUCCAACACCUAGUGGUUGGAGACCGCCAAAACCUCGGCCAGACCUAACAUUUUACGUGGAACGAAAUCGUGACCACUUGUUACCACUUUAUUUGGAAACAAGAAGGGAUCAGUUAGAUCCAAAGACAUUGGAAUUUGAAUAUGUUGAGUUGGUACUGGUGAAAAAAAUUCAUGGCGAUAUAUUCGAAUGUGAAAGGAAAAUGCGAGAAUACUUGGAACAAUAUUUGCAUCAUCCAAUUGCAACGCACGUUGAUGAACUAAAAGGAUUCAUUCGAAUAAAGGGUGCUGAUCGUGCUGUCGUUGAGCAAUGUUUGUAUGACUUUGGUUUUUGAAUAUCGAAGCUUUUUCGUGUCAUAAUUAAUCGUGUUGUAGAAUAAAUAUUAUUUGCCGCCG